AUGGACGAAGUUGUGAACUCUUGGUCGCCCUCGGACGUUCGAAAACAGCGUGACGACACCGCGCACGGCAAUAUGAAGAUUCGCUCGUUGAAUGGUAAUAUACGUCGCCUCCGGGGGGGAGGCCCUUCUGUGUGGGCUGUGGACUCGGACGAACCCCUUCCUGCAACAGGAAAGCACAGAACCAUCAAGAUUGGAAGCCUCGUAUCCAUCGAUUUUUCGACGGAUUCCGCAGUCUUUGAAAUCUUCCCGAAUAUCAAGAUUGAUCCACUUUCUGUGGCUUUGUCAAGUGGCGAUGACAAGAUUGUCAAAAUCAAACGCCCUUCACCAUUCACGCCUAUUCCGGAAGAAGUGCCAUUCGGAUCACAACUUAUUAUGUAUGGGGCCGCUCGUCGUGGAAUGAUUGGUGUCCGAGUUCCGCGAAGGGGGGAAAAUGAUGACAACCAAGGCAGCAUGGAACCCACAGGCCAAACAAGGCUUACCUUUUCAGGGGACUGUGGUGCGCUGACCAUUGACGCCCAGGGGCGCCCAUGGAGCAUGCACACGACAAUUCAAGGCGUUCCGGGUAAUAAUCCAACAACGUGGACAUCCCAUGGAGCCUUGUUCUGUAAGGUGGUCGACGCCCAUGCUUUCUAUAAGGACAGCAAUCUUCUCCGGCUAGCAUUUCUAGCGAGGGCCUCGCCUUCUCUAUUUCGCUGA